AAUCCCGGAACUUCUUUUAGAAGAGAAUAUAUGUAGCAGCUGGCCUGGCAUGGUUGGUAUGUGCCUCUUACUCUGCUGCCCCUUGUUUUUUCCUCCUUGGGUGACAUGUCGGUAACAAUUUGCAGACCAGAAAUCUGGAAACAUGGCAUCACAGUUCCCGGCCAUAGGAGCUAUGGAGAUAGCCACAGAGGAAUUGCCCCUAGAUGAGGAGAAUGAUGUGUUUGUUAAUGAGAGCACUACAGACACUGGAUUCUCACUAAACUAUAAUGCAUGGCAAGGUACAUUACCAGUAGUAUGGCCUUUACCCACCUCUAGUGACUAUGGAGAUGAAGUUCUGCUAAGUAAGGACUCAAGUGGCAGAGGUAGUGUUGACAGUGCUGGAUGCCCCCAGGAAGGACGUAGCCGCACCUCCUCUCUGGUAAAUGGGCUCCUUACUGAACUUUACGACACAUACCGUGGUGGAGCUGGAUCUGGUCGUGGCCCUCAACAUGACAGUGUGGACAGUUCAACUGAAGCAUCUGGAUCCGAUGCUUUCCUGAGCAGGAGCAACCCUGAAUCUGGUUUUCUUCAAGAACUUUCAGAGAGGCAGAGCCGCAGGCAUCAAAUACAAUACCUGAGGCAGAAAAAUAGAAGUGAACUGAAAGCUAUCCGAGAAGAAAUUAACCACCGGAUAGGCAUCCAAUCUGCCAAACUCCUGCGUCAGCUGAAACAGAAGGAUCGCCUCCUGCAUAAGCUGCAGAAGAACUCUGAUAUUGUCACUGCAUUUUUACAGGCAGUUUCACAGAAGCGUCGGGUGGACACAAAGUUGAAGUUCACACUUGAACCUUCUCUGGGGCAGCAUGGCUUUCAGCAGUGGUAUGAUGCUCUCAAAGCUGUGGCCCGUCAGCCAACCGGAAUACCAAAAGAAUGGAGGAAAAGAGUUUGGUUAACACUAGCAGAUCACUACUUGCAUAGUAUUUCUAUCGACUGGGACAAGACAAUGCGCUUUACAUUCAAUGACAGGAGCAAUCCUGAUGAUGAUUCUAUGGGUAUACAGAUAGUCAAGGAUCUUCACAGAACAGGUUGCAGCUCCUAUUGUGGUCAAGAGGGAGAACAAGAUCGAGUGGUGUUAAAGCGGGUGCUGUUGGCCUAUGCCAGGUGGAACAAAUCUGUUGGAUACUGCCAAGGGUUCAAUAUCCUGGCUGCACUUAUACUGGAGGUGAUGGAAGGGAACGAAGGCGAUGCACUAAAGAUAAUGAUAUAUCUCAUUGACAAAGUGCUUCCAGAUAGCUAUUUUGUCAAUAACUUACGAGCAUUGUCUGUUGAUAUGGCUGUGUUUCGGGAUUUGUUAAGAAUGAAACUACCUGAACUUUCCCAGCACUUGGAUAUCCUCCAAAAAACAGCGAACAAGGAAAGUGGAGGAGGUUAUGAGCCCCCUCUUACAAAUGUCUUUACCAUGCAAUGGUUCUUGACUUUGUUUGCAACUUGCCUUCCCAACAACACGGUUCUGAAGAUAUGGGAUUCUGUGUUCUUUGAAGGAUCAGAGAUCAUACUAAGAGUAGCACUGGCCAUUUGGUCGAAACUAGGAGAGCAAAUUGAAUGCUGUCAGAACGCAGAUGACUUUUACAGUACAAUGGGAAGACUGACCCAGGAGAUGCUUGAAGAUGAUCUGAUAGACAGCAAUGAACUGAUGCAGACCGUCUAUUCUAUGGCUCAGUUUCCAUUCCCACAGCUUGCGGAGUUGAGGGAAAAAUAUACUUACAAUAUUACACCUUUCCCAGCACCUGUGAAGUCAGCCUCAUUUUCUGGGCGUUCAAGUAAAAUGCGAGACAGUGAUGAAGAAAAUGAAGUAGACGAGGAUGAUCUUAAUGCCAAUUCAUUUGGUUGUCUAGCACCAUUCACUGGGCUUCUGGUGCCAGAAUUGCAGAGAUACCAGAAACAUAUCAAAGAUCAUAAAGAAGAUCCGAGCUCAAGACCCAGCAACAUUGCAGAGCUAAGCCCAGGUGCCAUAGAGUCCUCUAGAAGUGACUAUCAUGCAGUGUUUAAUAGUAUGAUGAUGGAGCGCAUGAACACGGAUAUCAACUCACUCAAGCAGCAGUAUUCCAGGAUUAAGAAAAGGCAGUUGCAACAGAUAAACCAAAUAUACAUUAGAGCAGGACUUGAAGAAGACAAAGAUCUUGGGAUCUCAACUGAUCCCAGGGAUCAACUGAGUAAUGACAAAGGGCCUGUGAGCAGCAUUUUGCCCUCUCAGGUAAACCAUUCUCCUGUCAUAAAUCAUCUCUUACUUGGGAAGAAGCUGAAGCAAGUAAACAGGUCAGCAAAGAAUGCUGUCCCCUUGCCAACAUCUAAAUCCUCACCACUGCUAAAUGAAGAAUCCAAAGCCAAGCAGAAUUCUCCUUGGCGCACCCACAUCCGAGUUCACCGGAAGAACAUUGCAAGGGCCAAAGGACAGAUGGGCUAUGGGGAUAUGGUUGGACUUAUAGAAGAGCAUAACGAGGUCCCUAAAGAUCAGACUGAUGCAGUGAAAGAAAAUGAGGACAUUGUGCAGCAUCCUAUCAUGAUGGGUGAUGGAGACAGUGGCUUGGAUAGGACUGUCAUGAAAGUUGAUGGCCACUCUCCAGAGCCUGUAUACCAUGAUGAAAAUGCAAAUGUGACUGUUGUGCAGAGCAAGCUUGAGGCACUUGAGUUAAACCACAAUGAUGAAAAGGAAGUCAUGCCAGUGAUGAAUCAGACAUUACUCAUGUCACCAAAUGUUUCACAAAGUUCAUCUACUGAUAGUGGAGCAUUAACAAAAUCUCCUAAAGGACAACUAUUUAGCCCUUUUCCAAGUGUUAAACCACUGCGAAAAUCCACUGCUGCCAGAAAUUUGGGACUCUAUGGUCCAAACAGUAGAACACCAACUGUACAAUUUCCACAUAUGAGCAGAAGCUUCAAUAAAACCGCUAAUGGUACUACUGGAAGCAAGAAACGAUAACCAAAAAUAAGCACUUUUCCAAGACUUUAUUUUUUUUUUUUUUCUGCCACUGAGUCUUUGUUCUUUGACUGCUUUCAUUAAAGAGGUGGAUUAGGUAGUACUGCAAAAAAAUUUAGAUUUUUUGUGAAUAUUGCUAAUUAUGUUAGAAAGUUGUUCUGUAGCGAUGCAACAAGGAUGAGAGAGGGACAACCAAUAAGUUCUGGUUAUUGUUCUCUUUGAAAUUUAGCAUUGUAAAUUGUGCAAAAUAAAUCUGAUGCUGUUUUCCUAAGGUGACUGACGGCAACUAUGAAAACACUGUAGAUAAAUGUAUUGUUUACCUGUUUAAUAUUGUACUCUUAACUUUUUCUAUAGACGCUCAUCCAGAAUCAAGCAGAUAUUAUCAUUUAUUAAAAAUGACAAAGAACUGGGUAAUGUAUCAACAUGGAUGUGCCAGCUGUGUGUUAAUUGCACAUUUGCUUAUGAGCCACAAUAGAAUACAUUUAUUAUGCACUAAGGUGCCUUCCAUUCAUUGUUGCCAAAAUUCCCUUUAUUCAAAGUUACUAUUCUUCCCACAUUGCUGUUAAAGAGUUCAACAACAGGCAUUUGUUAAUAAGUAAUAAUAUAUUGUUGGUUGUCCCCCUGUGUUAUACACUUGAUUGGAUUAUUUGAAUCUAAAAAUAGAAUCCCCUCCCCCAUACUUUCCUUUGUCAAUUAUCUUUUUGUACCAUAAAAUAUUAUGAAUGUUUGUCCUUUUUAAAUUAAGAAAUCCAGAAAACUAAUUUAUUUAGAGAGAGGUAAAGCAUUUGGCAUUGAUGUGUAUGGAAAGGUUUGUUUAAUAGACGCAUGCUUUUAUUUGCAUCGUGUUGCCUUGUUUUGGAAAGAUUGCUUUUCUUUAUGGAAUGAUAUUAUUGUUAAACAAAGUUAUUGUUCUAUGUUAAAUCACUAAUUAAGGUUACAGGUCUGCUUUAUGCUUUGCCUGUAAACAUUUCUGCCAUCUAGUUUUGGAAAUCUAUUUCUCAAAUAAUAACCAAUCAUAUUAAAAGUGCCAAAUGCAUGUUUUCCUGAGGAAGGUAUAAGAUGGAAUCUAAACAUGGGCUGUGUUGUUUAAUAACAUUUCAUUAUGCAUCCACCUUUCAGGCAUCCUUUUAGUAAUAAAGUACUUGAACAUCA